AUGCGAGCGGCUAGACAGCCGCUCUCGGCCAGAGAAAUGGCCACAACACCGUUAUCACAGCUCAUCCAUCGGCAUCGUCCAGACACAAAGCCCCUCGAAGACCUCUACAAGCAUCUGCACCAACAUCCAGAACUUUCCAACCAGGAGUCCGAAACAGCCGCCACCAUUGUCGCAAGACUUGAAGCAAUAGCUCCUGCAGACCUGAUCAUUAAGUCUGGCAUUGGCGGUCAUGGAAUAGCCGCGACCCUACGCAACAGUGACGGCCCUGUCGUGCUGCUUCGUGCCGAUAUCGACGCUCUCCCUGUAGAGGAGCGAACGGGCCUGGCUUAUGCCAGCACCAAGCGAAUGGUUCACGCCCCUACUGGAGUGGAGAAGCCGGUGAUGCACGCUUGCGGUCACGAUAUGCACAUUGUAUGCUUGUUGGGUGCCGCAGAGGCACUUUUCUCAUCAAGGAAGCAUUGGUCUGGAACUUUGGUGCUGGUCUUCCAACCAGCAGAGGAGCGAGGUACAGGGGCGCAAGCCAUGGUGGAUGACGGCCUGUAUUCCACUCACGGGGUCCCGAUCCCCGACAUAGUGCUGGGGGGUCACGUCAGGCCCCUGCGAGCCGGCUCAAUCGGCACAUGCAGGGGCCUUGUCGCUACCAGCGCGGACAGCCUUCGAGUCACGAUUCACGGCCAGGGUUCCCACGCAAGCAUGCCACAUACGUCAGUGGAUCCAGUCGUCAUUGCGGCCAGCACAAUUCUGAAGCUGCAGACACUAGUAAGUCGGGAGACGGACCCAGCGGAAGCCAGUGUCGUCACGGUCGCGACGGUGCAUGCUGGUGAUGCAGAAAAUGUGAUCCCAGACACGGCCGUGCUGGGCAUAGACACGCGUUCAACAACUGUUGCAGCGCGUGAGCGUAUAAUGAAUCGGAUUCAGACUAUUAUUCACGCCGAAUCGUCUUGCGCUGGGGCCCCUAAAGUCCCAGAGUUCGAACAGACACGUUCAUUCCCACUAACUAUCAAUGACGAGGCGGUCACGCAGCAGAUCGAGCAGGCCUUUGCUGGCCACUUCGGGGAAGGUCCAGGGCAAUUCAAUAAGUCAAUGCCAAGGCUCAGCUUCAGUGAGGACUUCGCCAUCUUGGCCACUUCCGUUGGCAAGCCGUAUUGUUUCUUCACAUAUGGGUGCGUCGACGAAGAGUUGUGGGACAGGGCAGAGCGGGAGGGCAGCAUUUCACAGACAGUGGCUGCCAAUCACUCGUCAAAAUUUGCGCCAGUCAUCAUGCCAACGCUGAAAGUUGGAAUGGACGGAUAUACACUUGGAGCGCUCUCGUUUUUGGUGAGUGCCACGACCAGAGCGGCCAGCUAA